GGAAAAUAGUAGUUUAAACUAAAAAACCUAAAUCGAAAUAGAAGAGAGGAAGACAAGGAUAGACUGAUAAAAAUCACAAACCCAAGUCUAAAAACUAUUAGGUAAACUUAAAUUGACUAGAGAGACCAAGAUCAAUGUGAAAAAAGGACCAUUUAGAUUUGAAUCGAACCCCAAUAAUCCUCGGUAUCAACGAUUCUCAAUCUCUUCAGCUCAAUCUUUUCAGCUUCCAUGGCAUCAGAACUACGGGAUCAUCAGAGAGGUAGCCGUAAACUACCACCACCACCGAAGGUAGCACCUUGGCUUGUCUGCCGACAUGGAAAAGAUCGUAAGUUUCAAACUUUUUAUAAUUUGUGUGAUCCUGUGAAUAAAUCUUACAAAAAGAGAAUUAUACCAGAGUUGAGUAACAGAACUUUUUAUCAAAAAAAUUCUAGUCAAGGAUGUUUAGUCAUUGUUUGUGAUGAUGAUACAGAAACAAAAGACAACUAUGGAAAUUGUUUUCUAUGGAAUCCUGUAUCACUAGAAAUUAUCAUGUUACCUAAUAUACUUCGAGGUGUACAUCAGGAGUCCUUCUUUGGUUCACAUUAUAUCAGGGAUUGUGUUUUAAGUUUCGGCGGUGCUGGGGAUGGAGUUGAGGGCAGCAGCUGCAGUAGCCAUAGCCUAUUUGCAGUUUUAGUAAUUGGAUGGUUUAUGUCCUUUUGAAUGGAGAUGAAAAUCCUGACAUACUUUUAUAUUGUCACCCUGGUGAAAAAGAAUGGAGAAAACAUGAGUUUGUUGGUGUCUCUCCAAGUACUCUUCCGUCAAUGCUUUAUUUCAAUGGUAAAUUGUUUGUAAUGUGUUCCACCGAUAAUGUUCACUUAGAGAUAGAAAUCCACCAUGAUUCUGAAAAGGAAACACUAUGUGUAAGUGAUUUUAUUCGCGUCCAUGACAAUUUUCAACGUGAAUCAGUGGCAGGAUGGUUGGAAUAUCGCAAUGUUGAACAAUCUUGGAUGGAGUCUUUUGGUGAAUUUUUUAGAAUUGAAAAAUAUUACAUUCCAAGAGGUGUUUAUCAGAAUUGUUCAACCCAAAUAAUAAUAUCAAAAUUGGAUUUCUCUUCAAUGGCUUGGGAGGAGAUUAAAAGUUUGGAUGGCUAUGUCUUCUUUCCAAGUGAUUUUCAGAAACUGUCUUGCUUGGCCUCAGAGUUGGGGUUUUCAAAGGGUUGUGUGUAUUAUGCACAAGAUAAGGAAAUGGGGUUGUACAGAUAUACUUUGGAAGACAACAGUAUUUUGUUAACUGUACCAUGUCCUGAUAUAAAAUCGCCAUGGAUUGCUGCUGAAUGGCUUAUGAUUACUACAACUCAGAGGGUCGAUGAUAGAAGAACUGCAGACCUUAUUUUAGAUAAGGAUGCAGACACGGAUAAAGUUAUUAAGGCAGCGGAAUACAGAGUAAAUGUGGCUAAGGAUAACGAGAAAGAGGAUAUUGAAGAAGUGAGUUCGUGCACCAUGCUUUACGAUGAUAUCAUACGGUUUAUAUCAGAUUAUCUUCAUCCAGUGGAUUACAUACAUUUACGUGCAGUGAGUAAAAACUAUCGAUCGUUAAUAAACCUGAGAAGAUCCUUUUCUACUAGGGCUUUAAACUCCACAGAUAUAUCCCCAUGGCUGGUUUUUCCUGACUGUGAUCGAGCCGUUUACAAUUUCGUGAAUCCAAUGCAUAAUCAUGAGAGCUACCUCAUGAAUAUCCCCGAGUUGUUUGAAGGUUCUAGAUUCCGCUUUUCGAAAGGUGGGUGGUUGCUCAUGUCAAAAGGCAAAACAUUGUUCUUCUACAAUCCUUUCACCAGAUCAACUAUCGAACUUCCAGAAUUAUCAAAUGAUCAUUGCUUUAAGUUCUCAGGUAUAUCAUUCUCGUCCCUGCCAACUUCUUCAGAUUGCGUAGUUUUUGGCAUCAGCCAAUUAGUGGGGAAUGAUGUUCUCAUGUUCUUCAUUAAACGAGGAGAUGAUCAUUGGACAAAGGAUUCCUUCGGUUGCAGUUAUUUACUUCUCAACAGGAAACUGACGGAAUUCGAGGUGGAUUUUAACAACCCAGUUUUUUAUCGCGGAGCUUUCUAUUGCUUAGACAACAAUGGAACUUUAGGAGUUUCUACAAUAGAGCAUGGCAUUAGUUGGGAAAUAUUGGCCAUUGUGACCCGGCCUAAGUGUGAGUUUAUUUAUAAGACUUUCUUGGCGGAAUGUGAAGGGAAACUUUUAUCUGUGUUAUUAGGCCAUUUAGGAAAAUGGGUUCGUAUUUUUAGAUUGAACGACACUGAUAUGGUUUGGGUUGAAGUCAAGCAUUUGGGACGGCAUACGUUGUUCAUUAGCAAUACAUCUUGUAUCUCAGCAAUCGCUCCAACUGGUCAAAUGGAGAACAGAAUCUAUUUUCCGAGGUUGCACAACGAAGGAAUUUUGUAUUUUUCUCUUGAUACAAGCAUGUUUCACUGUCUUGGGAGCAGACAUUCUGCUAAAGACUUAUCGGGAUUCGAAGGAGAAAUUAAACUGCAGUUGGAUCGAACCUAAUUGGUUGGAGGUCUCAGAUCAACAUCGUCACUGGUUUAUGCAUAUGACUGGAUAAUCGUGUUCUAAAUUGCAGUAUGGCUGAAGCUUUCUUGAUAUAGUUUUCUGUUAUAGUGAAAUUUGCAUCAUAUUCACCAAAAGGGUGGUGCAUAUACUGUAAAGUAGUGAUGUAAGUCGAUGCUAUAUUGGGAUUUCUAAGGCAACUAUGAGGGUUACUUCAAAUGUCAUACUCCAUAUAAGAAAAGUAUAAGAAAAGGUAUGUUAAUCACUUUGUUGCCUGAUGGUACAUGUUUGUAUUGAAGAGUAUACUUACUCAGCUGAAGUAGCAUGGUAUAGCCAGGUCAGGUCUACUUUCAUGAAUUUUAGUUUUAUCUUCAGCUCGUCAUGUAGACUCUUAACUAAUAUGACCAUUUUUUUCUAGUUGAUUUAGACUGGCUAUCUAUACGGACAUAAUGCUUUUAGGUCAAAAUUAUAGAUAAAUUUUGUUUUAUGGUAGUCUCUAAUUUUUCUUGGUCAUAACUUAACAAUCAGUAUCUACAUAAAGGCGAUAGUGUUGUGUUGUCUCUCCUGAUGGUUUGCAGUUUGUGGAGUUCAAGGUUUUAAGUCUCUCACAUUAGUUCUCUCAUAAAAUUGUAGUGGUGAUAUGGUGCAUAAUCAGCAAAUGUUGCUUGCUCAACAUUGGCAAAUGGAUAUUCAAAUUUAUUUCAAGUUAUAUUGUUGUAUGGUAUUAGCCCAGAAGAGUAAUCUCUAAUCAUUUCUUUCAGAUUUCGUUGUUGCUUACGUUCCCCUUCAAAAAUCAACAUCGUCACUGUUUUUGUGUUUUUCUUGCACAGGUGAUGUUCUUAGAUUGCUUAAUUCUGCAGUCAAUAUUUGGGAUUGACUCUGGGAGUAUUAGUGUUGGUACAUAUUUCAAAUUAGGCCGUGGAUGUGAAACACAAGAGAUAGUUUUGCUGACGCAAGUUCCCUUGAGAAAGAAAAAGCAUCAUCAGAGAUUUUGGAACUUGUUAUUGGGAGCAACAAACAACGGUUCAAUCCAAAUUAUCAUCUUCCAAGUCUCUGAUUUAUGAUCUUUUGAAUUUUGGUAAUCUUUUCCUUCCUCAUCUAACUAGAUAAUUUAGAGGUUUAUUUUCUUUAUUUUCUUUUUGUACAUUGAAGUCUGGGUGACUUAAGAGAUAUAGAGGUCGGAAUAUGGAACAUCUGUUCCCUUCUUACAUUUCCUGAGCUAUGUUUUCGGUUAUCAAGCUGAUAUACCUAUUCAUGUUUGAGAAGU